AUGGCCUCAAAAGCGGUAAAAGCAGCGGCCGAACGGUUGGCUAAGCUGGAGGUCAGUCAAACGGAACGUGCCACCAAGUACGUUGAACAAGCUCCAAGAAUCCGGCUGGAUGAUUUGAGAGACAAUCCUGGUGCUAGGGUUAGGGUAAGAUAAACCGCAAUAAAUCUAAUGUUUGGGAAAAGGUAUUGAUAGGGUAUCAUUUUGGAGAAAGUUUUAAUAUUCUAUUAUAUUAGACCACAUUUAUAUAGGUCUAAAAUCGAAUAAACAUUCUUGAUCGAAAUACAAUAAUUAAAACUAAUGAAUCCUUCAGGCCCGCCAAUUAAAAGCCCAGAUCCAUAAUCAAGGUGGUCACACGGUGGGAGAGCUUCAACGUUCCGCCAAACCUCCACUUGGUUGGGUAUGGGGCGACUUCUACAAGCCAUGGCAGCGUCGAUUCCCCGGCGAAAAGUCAUUCAAUGGCGAUAUCAACAUCAGAAGAGAGUACGUUCCGUUGUCAUUGAUCGAAUUACAAAGGCUGCUCGAUUUGAAUUGGCUGGAUACCUCGAAAACCAUCGAUAUUACACAGCUUUGCAAUACACAACGAUUGUGGGUGGACACGGAGCUGCGACAGUUCGGAAUUGAUCUUACACAUGAGGUAUGGGUACUUAGUUACAUGUUAUACAUGAUUAAUAGUAGAUUUAAGAUAAUAUCACCUAGAUUAAUAUAGUUUAGUUUUCAAGUUCAUAAAGGAUUGUAAGAACAUAAGAUACCUUCAUUAUACGAGUUCUUUCAGGGAGCCGAAGCAUUCACAACCCCAAUAGACAUUGAAGUUCAAUGGGCUAGCCAAGCAGUGAUAGCAGCGAUCGAAAAGGCUGGAGGCAGAAUUAGAUUAGCGUACUAUGAUCUACAGAGUCUUCAGGCUGCCACGGAUCCAGAAGCCUUCUUUCUCAGUGGAACACCAAUUCCACGAAGGAAAUGCCCUCCACAUUCACUCAUAAACUUCUAUUCGAACCCAAAGAAUCGAGGGUAGGUUAAUAUGAGGUUUUUGUUUUUAUCUAUGUGAUAUUAUUGUAUUUAUUUUGCUAAAAUUAGAUUUCUAGAAUUAGCGGAUCGUUUGAGAGCUGGAGGUAUUAAAGAGUAUUAGACCUUAAAACUAACCUUAUAGUUUCAGUUACCUAGCAGACGAAGCCGAAAUCAAAAAGGCAUCAGAAGAGCUGGCCGACAUCGUGGGCUACAAAUACGAACCUCGCCACAUGGAUUCUGGACCAAAAAAGACGCCCGAUCAGAUAUUCGCUGGACUAGAGCCAGGAUCACUAGUUUCAUUGGCCGAUAAGAAAGUCUUUCGACCCACCAAUUCGGUCCAUGAAGCAUAUUAUAGAGGAGAAGAGAACAGACUUGCAGAUCAUUUACGAUAA